UACGGCCCAUCUUCGUCCCACCGCGGCCCUGGUCUUCGGCCGCCAUCUCCUCUUCCCCUUCCUCGCCGGAGCUUCCUACUGAAAAACAUGGCUUCUGGCGGCGGCGACGAGGUGGAAGUCAAUGGAGCGUUCAUAGGAGCAGGGUGUAACAUAAUAGUGAACAACGUUCCUUGGGGAGCCUGUGAUUUAGUGGCUUUCGGCGCUCAAAAUGCCGACGCUAUCGCUAUCGCUAUCUUCUCCCCUAAGUCUGCACAAAUUUUGACGACCUUUUCCGGUCACAAAUUUCAUGGGCUAGAUCCGGCGAUUAUAUUAUUUCAGUCGGGCAUGACCAGGUGCUAGUCGCCUCUUGGGCUUUCGCAGAAACCUAUUGCUGUUCACUGUGAGUCUUUCUUCAAUCUUCCCCCAUUGACUGGCCGUUUCUCAGUCUCUCAGUUUCAGUUUGGCUGAUCACGGACGAGUUACUGAUCAUCACCUUCGGAAGUUAUUGCCUCACCAACUAGCUAACCAGACACAAGCCCCUCUUCGGGCAGAUUCCUCCUCUUGCUCUUCAGCGUACAGGGUAUUAGCAACCAUUUCUAGCUGUUGUUCCCCUCUCAAGGGCAGGUUCUUAUGCGUUACUCACCCGUCUGCCAUUUGAUUAAGUUAAAUCCAUAUUUUUUAAUUCUAUGAACCCUUAUUUCUUUUUUCGAAACCAUUAUUACUAUUAUAGAAUAUAUCCGACCUAAUACAUAAUUAAAUUGGUUUGCGAGAUCCUCUCAAAUAAUCAUUCGGAAUAUGGAACCAUGGUGAAACUUCUAACUCAACUUGAGGCAGUUAUAUCUUGGAUAAUGGCUGUCGAGUCUUUGCUAUCUUUUUUGUGUUAUAUUAUCAUAAAAGGUUAAGGAUGUGGAAACUGAUUAUAGGAGAUUCACUUUGCAAUGGAAGUCAAGUUUCUUUGCUUGAGUAUCAAUUUGUUGGUACAAGAAUAUGUAUAUUGAAAUGUUCCAAGUUCUAACCAGUCAUCUUUAUGCAGCUGGUGAUAAGACUUAAGACAGGAGUGGAAAUGAAGGUCUUGACACCCUUGAAACCAUUCCCAAUGCAGUUCCUGACGUUCUUAUUGAACCUCCCAUUGAACAUCAACUGGCAUGGCAUACACUUUGGCCAGAGUCGCACAAACUUUAUGAUGAUCAUGGGAAUGAGCUAUUUUCUCUAUGUUGUGAUCUCAUGGGGAAGCUUGUUACUUCAUCCUGUAAGGUAUAAUCAGUUCAUCUAUUGUUCAUAAUUAUAGAAAAUAAUUAUUCAUUUCUAUUUAAUAUUAGUCAACCCAAAAGACAAUGUCUUUUGUUUCUUACCCUGCUUGAACAAAAAAACAAUAGUUUUAUAGAUCAAGGGAGGGGCACAAAAGAAUCACUUGAUCAUGUUCUUGGAACCCAUAUGGUCAUGAGUUUGCAACAGGCUCUAGGGAUAAGACUGCGAAGAUAUGGGCUUUGAAAGUCGAAUCUUCAGUUAAACAAGCAGCUAACAACUCUGCCACAGUUCAAAUCUAGUUUCACUGCUUUAUAAACGGGUGGCUCUUGAUCCCGAGAGCAAUGGGCUCCCUUGAGUUUUGGAGUUUGUCUAUCAAAAGAACAGAUGAUGUUUGCUCAAAUGUAGUGUCUUAAUCAAUUUGUGUGCCAUGUUUCCUCAGUCAAGUGUUUGGCAUGAAAGCAAACGGAGAAGAGUGAAAAGUGCAGGAAGCUGCAACUUGAAUCCUGUGGCACGAACCACUGUGUGAAGUGUGUUUGAGGUAAAUGUUCCUGUUAUGAAAAGGUAUGUAUCAUUGUAUUGCUUGUUCUUGUAGAUUAUGAUCACUUUCAAUUUUGCCCCCACAGAAAGUGGCACUUAACUGAAAUUGUUUCCUCUUGUAUUUGGGCUGCUGAUCUGUCUAUUCAUUUCCAUUUCCAUUUCUGAAAAACUUUGGAGUAAAUAACGAAUUAUACCGUCCA